GACUUUUAUGUUCAUUUUAACUCGUUUUACAUUCCCACAAAAUAUGCGGAGGAGAGUCUGGGAUACCCUAUAUGUGUUAACGCAAAAAGUUUAUGUUCUUUACACAUUCACUUACGCUUUUUACUUAUAUUUUUCUCUCAUUGGACGAAGUGGUCUAUACGUAAUUCUAAUUUAAUUGCCGAAACUUCGCCACACAAAUAUGUGCUUUAAUAUAUAAGAUAUUAAUAUAUAAGAUAAGCUGUAAUAGCUAUAGUAUUAAUAUAAAAUAAGCUAUAAUGAUACAAAUUAACAAAUCUUCGUUGCGGUAUACAGCUACGAAAAGUUUCUUCGGAAAAUCGUAAGAGCAAUAACAACCGUAGAGUUAAUUCUCAUAGAAAUUUCUCGUUUUUCUAAAAAGUAUGUAAAAUACAAGUUAUGUAAAUAAACCUUGCUAGUGCAUAUGUGAGUAGAUCACUAAUGUAAAAAAGCAUUAUCUUAUAAAAAUCAUUUGCGGAUGUCUAGAGUGAAAUUAAAUUUUUAAUUAUGAGAGAAUAAUAAUGUUUGACAGUAGUAAACGCGUAUGAUUACACUUGGCCUAGCAUAUGCGACGAAUAAAUUUUCUAUGUAAAACAAAUCUUUUAUCCCAAUUAUUUCAUGUUCGAUUCCUGGCUGAGGCAGUAUUUUUCAUAACUUUUAAUAUAAAUAAAAAAAUGCACAGUCGAAUGGGAUAGAGAUUGUGCAUUAAUAAAACUAAUAAUAAUUAGAAAAGUCGAGUUUAUACAUAUAGAAUAAAGAUUAAUUUAUCUUAUAUGUUAAGUCGAGAAUAAUUGGUCAUAUACGUUUGUUACUAUCAAAUGUUACUAUUUUGUCAUAAUUUUAAAUUUAAUUUUGCACUAGACAUCUAUGAAUGGCUUUUAUAAAGCCAUAUUUUUUUCACAUUAAUAAUAUAAAUUUCAUGUUGUAGCAACUAGUCUACCUUUGUUAGUUUAAGUGAUUGUUCUAUUUUAAUUGACAAAAGUAAAAAGAAGAGGAUUUCUAUAAUUAUAUUUUCCUAUUUUUAUUACUGUACGCCAGCAUGAACAAAUGAUAUACAAAACAAAUUUUAUAUAUUCGUUUAUAUACAUGUCCUUAUGAUUGAAUUAUAACUUUCAGCACUAGGGAUUUACUUUUUAUUGUAUCGUUGAAGAUAAUUUUACUACGGUGUACACGUGUUUUGAAGCAUUCUUUUUUUAAGUAUUUGAUUCAAAGUAAAACCUUAUGGUAUGCUUUAAUUGUAUUAUUGAAUCCCUUUUCAACAUUACAGAAUCGUUCCGAUUCUUUAGUCACUAUACCCUUUAUCUCUUUUUUAGAUAAAUUUAAUCUGUAGCUUUUUUUUCUAAUAAUCACGUUUUUUGCCUUAAAUAAUACGUAAGAUAUAAAUCACAGAAAUAGAAUAAGCGAAAUAAUAUAAUACUAUAAUUAUAUAACUUUCCUUCAAAAUGUUUAUUAAUGUGUUUGUAAAUCCUUAGAUAAUUUUAUAUAGUUUUAAAAUGUGUCAAAUUUGUUUUAAGAAUGGUACUCACGUCAGCUAAUAAUUUUCCGUGAUAGCUGUCAAUGUGAUUGAUAAAAACACGCCAGGGCUUAAAAUAUGAUUUUGCAUUUUUAAUAAACAAAUUGCGAUCUUUUAGUCUUUUUCCAACCGCUUCAUGGCCGGAUAGAUCGUUUAAAAUAGCCGUGGUUAUUGGCUCCGUUAUUGAUAUAUUUUGUUCAAUAUCCAUUUUGUAUAUAAGGGACAGUUACUUCAUAAGCAUACGAUAUUUUGUUUUACAAAAGUACGAGAUGAAUUUUGACAUUUCCAACUUCUCGGUACAACUUCAAUACGAUUGAAAAUGUGUUAAAUAUAUGCGCACAUAAAGAUAGUUUACACAUUAAAUGUUACACAUUAAUGCCCGUUUUCACCAAUAGUGACCAAUAGUGAUUGUAAAUUUUUCGUAGCUGUACACCGCAACAAAGAUAAUUUGUAUCAUUAUGGUUUAUUUUAUAUUAAUAUUGUAACUAUUAUAGCUUGUCUUAUAUAUUAAAACACAUAUUUGUGUGGCGAAGAUUCGGCAAUUAAAUUAGAAUUACGUAUAGACCGCUUUGUCCAAUGAGAGAAAAAUAAAGAGUGUAAGUGAAUGUAUGAAGAACAUAAACUUUUCGCGUAGAUAUUAAACUAUGUUUAUCUGAAUGUCGUUUAAAAUGAAUGUUAGUUUAAGCUCGGUUUAGAUAUCGCUUUCCACCAACUUUUUUAGGGCCGGUUUUGCAAUAGCAGUUUAAAUUUUGAUUCAAGUUUAAACUUUAUCUUAAUAAUGCGUUUGUUUUGUUCAAACAGAGUUUAAGUUGAAAUCUAAGUUUAAACUAUCAUUAAAAAACCGACCUUUAGAAAGCAUCGUUUAAGUACACUUAUACUCUGUGCGAUAAAACUUUUCUAGUUAUCAGCAUGGACGUAAGAAUAUCUGAACAGAGCACAAAUGCGACUAUCGACGAGGAACUGUGAAGGGGCAAGGGGCUUACGAGGCAAGAGGAGUACAUCGUCGCAGCCAUGUUGAGGAAUGGAGCGAAACUUUACCGUAUCAGCUUUUGAUCGGUGCAGGAGUGGCAUUAAUCGGUCUGAUCUUAUUGGCGGCGGUAAGCUACCAGUGCUCUUCCACAUGGCGAUGGUUGAUAGGCAUGUCACGACACGAGAAUAUCGAGGACUCCGAGAUGGAUCAGACUCAACAGAAUGCGAUUCGUAUCAGUCAUUCUCUUCCAGAUCUCCAGUCAGAACCGAUCACUCACGAAUAUGUUCAAGAACAAAAGGAAAAUAAGAAGGUGCUACGUCAAACCACUUUACCAAUUGUACCAAUAAGACAUCAAAGUUUUCAACGUCAACUGUCACACCGACUUGAUUUGCCUAAUAUGAAGUUCAGCAUUUGUAGUUUAGAGAAUCGCAGCGACUCCAGUCUCGGUCUUAUUAAGCCCGAGUUAUACAAAAAAGAGCUUCUAAGACAAGAGAGCGCGGAAAGCUCGAGUACUAUAGAAAUGGAAUACGCUGGGAAAUUACAUUUUGCUCUUCGCUAUGACAAGGAAAUUGAUGGACUCGUUGUCAAGGUUCUGCAAGCUCGAGAAUUACCAAUAAAAGAUGUUACAGGCAGCAGCGACCCAUAUAUAAAAGUAUAUCUGUUGCCAGAUAGAAAGAAGAAGUUUCAGACGAAAGUACAUCGGAAGAAUUUAAAUCCUAUAUUCAAUGAAACGUUCAUUUUUAGCGUAUCGUAUGAGGAACUGAGAGAACGUUACUUGCAAUUCUCGGUUUACGACUUUGACCGAUUUUCACGUCACGAUCUUAUUGGACAAGUGGUUCUUAAAGGACUUUUAGAUUGUACCGAUCUCGAGCAAGAAAUUGAAUAUACGAUGGACAUCCUUUGCGCCUUACAGGAGAAGGUGGAUUUGGGAGAAUUAAUGUUGUCUUUAUGUUACUUGCCAACGGCUGGUCGAUUGACAUUAACCGUGGUCAAAGCCAGAAAUCUUAAAGUGAUGGACAUAACGGGGAAAUCAGAUCCUUAUGUGAAAGUCUAUUUGCUGUGCCAAGGUAAGAGAAUAAAGAAGAAAAAGACUACGGUGAAAAAAAACUCUCUUUAUCCCGUGUACAACGAGGCGCUAGUAUUUGAUGUACCCGCGGAUAAUAUCGAGGAUGUCAGUCUCAUAGUGAAAGUAAUCGAUUACGACAGGAUUGGACCGAACGAAUUGAUGGGAUGUACAGCUAUUGGAUCGAGCUUUAUCGGAAUUGGUCGAGAUCACUGGUUAGAAAUGUUAGACAAUCCUAGAAAACCAGUGGCUCAGUGGUAUCCGUUGAUGGAGACUGUGGCUGGUCAUAUUCCAGCGGUGGACUCGGAACCACUUCCAGUAAGCUUGAGUUGCUUGAACAGCAGAUGAAGACAGCAGGCGAGAGACAAACAUCACAAAAAUACGCAAAUAUUGUCGGACGCCGAAUUGGACAUUGUCACCUUCUGUCGCGUGCACAUUGCUUAACUGAUUUAAGUACCUGUAUCUUGAAAAGCCGGAAGACGAAUUCUAUGCUUUACAACUUUACUUCGUAUGGGAAGCAUGAAAUAAUAAACGAUUUGAUGUAUAAGCAAAACUGACCAUUAUAUGGAAACAAACAUAUAUACGUUAUUCAAUUCUGACAAUUCGAUAGCGAUCGUAAUAGAAACGAGAUUGAUUUGUGACUUUUUCUUUUCGUGCUUUUUCUUUGUUAUAUUAAAAUGCAGGCUGGUCCCGUACCGUUUCAGAUGCAAAUAGUGGAUCGGAUCAUUACAGCAUAUCUUAUUGGUAGCAUUUUUUUAAAUACAUGAAUGACAUGACAAUUAUUUAACCCAUUCGCUUCAUUUGACGAGUUGAGCUCGUCAUGCCCUUGCGAAGCCAUAAAUUCAAGUGACGAUCAGACUGUUUUGAGCUAUACCAUACAAAAACAUGCUUUUAACUUUGCAGUACGCAUCAUGGUAGAGUAACAAGGUGUGAUCUACGCAGGCAUUUUUGCUGGCCAAUGAGAGAGCGUGACUGAACUCAGCCAUCUUGAGCAAUUUAAAUGCAUGUAAUAAAAAAUGAUUCAUGCAAAGAAAGUGAAAAGUAACUACGGUGAAUAGAUGUUACAAAAUAUAAAUAUAUAUUCUUUUUUAAUAUCAACUUUAAAACUCGAACAAAGAAAUAUAAUUAGAAUAAAUACAUUUUGUAUAACAAUAAAUAAAUGUUAACAUUAAUUAAUUAGUAAAACAUACAUUUAGUACAAUAACGAAUAAUAAAUAAAAGUGAAAUUUACAUUCAAAAUGUAGUAACUUUACGAUUUGUAAAUUUGAACAUUUUUUUGUUGUUUUACUCUUUGGUUUUCUGGAGAAAUUUGUUUAUUGAUAUUUCUAAUUCAUAUGUACGCGUACGAGAAGCAUAACAAUACUUCUCAUGGAAUCUUAAUAUUUUGUAUUUUCUCCUGAGUCAUGUCGAUAAAUAUCGAUAAUAUCGCUAUAUCUCAUGAUGCUUCCCCUUUACACACACAGACGCGUUACUAUCUGUGAUUACAAGAUGACGUAUCUUAGUCACUGCGCAAACUGUGACGAAAUGCGUCUAAGAAACGAGUACACUUUGUUAUUUCCACCAUGGUACGCAUAAUGCUUUAAAGAUAUGUGUGUACUUUUGAUUUUUUACAAAAUAAGAUUUCUUCUACAAAAUAAAUAAUUCCGAAUAAUUUUAGGAUAAUUUUACAGCAUUUUAGUCUGAGGCGAAUGGGUUAAAUUUCUUAGAUUAACGCAUGAAAUUACAUAUAAGUAAAUUUUGAAAUACGAUAAAUAUGUAGCGCUAUGAAUGCAUAAAUCGCUUAUAUAUAAAAUAUGAAAAGUACAAGCGCAUACCUUUGAUGAAGAUGAGAUAAGUGAACAAGAGCUCAGAGCAGAUUUAGAAACGACAGAUUGCAUUGACGAUAGAAUAUAAUCGAAUCACAAUAGACUCUUAAGAUAGCACAGAAGUAGGCAAACGUGUUGAAUGCAUGCAUUGUUUAUUACUUCACGCUCGCUAACUACUUCCGCGCAAAUCUUCUAUAAACGUGAUAUAUGUUUAUAUACAAGAUGUAUGCCGGUAAUAUAAACAUUUCUCGUGUGCAUGUAGAUUGGAUCAAAAAGUUUUGUAUUAUUUUGUGAAUAAUCACGUAACAUUUUGGAUUAAUAAUUAAAGAAGAUUAACGAAUAAUCACACAUAAUGUGAUAGACGAGUCUUGCAAAUGUGAUGCCUAGAUUUUCAUACCGCUCCUCAAUUGCUGGUAGCUGGCAAGAGAUAGAGUAACGUUGUAAGUGGCAUGCAUCACUCCCUCACUAGUUACCGAUUGACGAGUAACAUGAUGUUAUCUGUACUGUCAUCUCCAAUUUUAUCUUAAGAAGGUGACUUUAUACGAAGGUUACAGGAGAGAUCCGGAUCAACAAGAGAAAUGUCGAAUGAGUGUAUAUAUAUAUAUAUAUAUAUAUAUAUAUAUAUAUAUAUAUAUA